AUGACGUCCACGAACAUAUUGAUAUUCGGCGUUGGCAGUAUCGGGGCAGUGUAUCUCUACCAAUUACAACAGGCCGGGUGUAACGUGACCGCGGUGUGUCGGUCGAACUACCAAGCAGUGAAGGACGACGGCUUCACGCUCAAAAGUGUGCGAUUUGGCGAUCAGAGAUACAAACCCGGCCUUGUGGUACGCAGCGUGGCAGACUGUCCAUCAGACAAAAUCUACGAUUUCGUACUAGUCUGUGCCAAAUCAUUCCCAGGCAGCAAGCCCUCUUUAGCGGACAUGAUCAGACCGGUGAUGGUGGGCCGUCCACAGACCGCCAUCGUCCUCGCACAGAAUGGCAUCAACAUCGAGAAAGAGGUCGCUGAUGAGUUUCCGGAGAAUCCGAUUCUCAGCGGCGUAGUGUACCUGCCAGCCACUCAGACUGCACAAGGGACGAUCGAGUAUCCAGAAAUGCUCAAUCUUCUCGAGGUCGGCACGUAUCCAGCCGACGCACCGCGCUCGCAUAAAUCCGCCGCUACAAGGUUUGCAGACUUAUUGAUCAAAGGCGGGGGUGGAGCAGAGGUUCACGAAGACAUCCAGAUAGCUCGGUGGUCCAAAUUACUGAUGAACGGCCCUUGGAAUCCCAUUGGCGCGUUGACUCUGUGCACCGACGGUGAUUUCCUGUUGACUUCGACACCAUUCGCAUAUGACCUGGUGUGGGAGGUCAUGUUGGAGAUCAUCGCGCUCGCGGCCAAGGUUGGUAUUCCAGGCAUUGACGUGAAGGAAGCGGAGAAGAGGAUUAGUUUGUCAAAGAGGAGGGCGGAGACGGGAACUGGACGCGAGAUGAGUAUGCUACAGGAUGUCAAACAGGGCCGGUCGUUCGAGGUUGAGGCGAUCGUUGGAAAUGCUGUGCGGUUGGGUCGGGAUCACAGUGUUCCUAUGCCUCGUUUGGAAACUAUUUACGCCCUGCUGAAAGCAAGACAUUUUGCAUUAGAGAAAAAUGGGAAAUAG